AUUCGACAACACAUGUCUACACCGCUGCGUCUUGAUUAUCACAACGAGUUCCUGUCAAGCUCUCACAUAAGAAUCAAGGUGGCCUCCAAGUGAUCCGAUAAGAUGACGGACAACCGAUACUCCCACUUGCACUGUUCAGAUGCGGCCAUUCGAAUGCUCGAGUUUGCCUUUGAGGACGAAGAACAGGAUUUUGGAAAGAUGACCGGUUUUAAUGAGGCGAUCGAGGUGCCUUACGAUUUCGAGCCUCCGCAGCAUGACAUAGAUGACACGACCCUGCCCUCGAAGGCACAUCCAUCAUAUCCCUUUGGCCGACCUGUUCACCUUUCCCACCCAGCAACGACAAGCAGUACAAGAGUCUCCCUGAGCAGAAUGCGAGGCAGGAACGGGGUCGGGGUGCGGGACCUUCUAGGUCGAUUAGGAAUGGGCACUUCGUCGUUGAAGUCGACCAAGACGAUGUGGAAUGAUUUUGGGUUACACUCGCGAGUUGGGCACAACAAUCAGGGUCUAUGGGUAGGCAUGUUGGAGGAGGAGGAGAAGAACGAGAUUCCGACAGGAAUGGCGGUAAGGACAACAUUGACCCUGGACGAUCUACGCCUGCCGAAUCUGAUCUGGCCGACUAUCUUCACAGGGCGCCAAACGACCUGCUACACCCCCUAGCCCAGCCUUUCGACCGCUUGAAGAGCCCAUGGCAGAACACUAUUACACCUCUUCCUCCCGCUCGGGAACACCCCUAUCGCACAUCCCCGAAGGUGGAGAGGACAGCUUUACGAGCGCUACAGGCUUGCCCGCACACCCGGACGAUGCGGGCGAGGAUGAUCGAACUGGAUAUACAGCGGAUUUGUCGCCUGGAGAGGCUGCGGAGAGGAGACGUAGAAGACGGGCUAGGAGGGAGACGGUGGCUACUCGGUUAGAUUCGGAUGAAGAUCGUGAUCCAGCUCGGACUUCAACGAGGGCGCAGACCGAGACCUGGUGGGAAGGGUCUUCGCCGAGAUGAAUUUUGGAUCGUGUAUGUUUUUACAUAUAGUACAACCAUAUCAUAAUCCGCUAGAAUCGCG